UCAAACAUCCAGCGCCCAUCUCAAGCUUCAUUCUUUCUCUCAUCUCCUUCAAUCAUGAAAGCUGCUUCCAAUAAUCUCUUUCUACAACAAUAUAAUCGCUUCCAUGCCGUCUCAAAUCAAUUGCCUUAUUCUCAUUACUCAACUUCAAUAUCAUGGAAGAACAGACCAAUAUCCUCCUCCUCCUCAUCCUUCCCCAACUUCAAUCUCAAAAAGAGAGAAACAUCGCCGGUAACAAUGGCAGCCACAUCAAAACUUUCAAUACCAGCCACAGACCGAGUGAUAGACUUCGGAAAGCACAAAGGAAAUAUGCUCGGAACCCUUCCCUCAGCAUACCUCAAAUGGAUCUCUCAAAACCUAAGAGCCGGCGACACCUUAGAGUGGGCCCAUCUCGCCGACCAAGUCCUCAACGACCCCGUCUACAAAGACCGAAUCGAAUGGGAAUCCGCCCAGAAACUCCUCGACGGAGAUUCUCUAAUCGGCACCGGAAAAGACUCCGUCGCCGGUCUGCUCGAACUAAGUAAGAAAUUCGGAUGGGACAAUGAAGAUAGAUCGGCAUGGAACCAGAUCGAUUUCUCCCUCCUCGGAACUUCCAAAGGCGGCCGAAUCCCCAGACUUGAAGAUAGAGAUUCAAGAUUAAAGAAGUUGAAUGAAAGUUCUAUCAAGAAAUCCAUAAUUGAUUCAGGGAAGAGAAAAGAGAGAAUAGAAAGAUCAAGACUGAAAAGAGAUCCGAUUUCGAUUGCAGACAACACCACAACAAACGAAGAUCCGACCCCGACCUCGACCCCGACAGUGAAGAUUGAUCCACGGUCACGCUUCCCCGGUCGUGCUUCAUUGGUAAAGAAAGCACUCAAUUUUCGUAAAAACUAUAAUAUUUAAUGUUGGAAUGUUUAUUAUUAUUA